GAGAGAGAGAGAGAGAGAGAGAGAGAGAGAUUUCUUGUCACCUCUCUUCUCGCUCUGACGCCUACGCGGAAAAAGCAAACCACUUUCGAUUUCUUUACUCUUCUUUUUUUUUUGGUUCUUCUCAAUCAAAACCCCCAAAAAACCUUUGUUUUUAUAAAAGAAAUCUUUAACCAAAUCAAACACCGAAUCAUCGAGAUUUUGACCAAUUCUUCCACCAGUUCCAGUGUCAACUUCAGUUCUUCCAUUUUUUUCUUCUCCAUCAUCUCUCUCUCUUUCAUAUCGCUCUCUCAAAUUCCCUUCUUUCUCGUGCAGUUUUUUUUUUGUAGUUGACGAAUUGUGAUUUUGAUUGUUGUCUCUUCUUUCUUUUAUUCUUCUGUGUUCUCUAUUUUUUUUUUUUAUGUUGAAACCCUUAAUUCACCAAAAGAAUAAAGGCAUCUUUGUUUCUUUAUCUGAUUGUAAUAGUUCCCAAUCCCAUAAAACCAAAAAACAGAAUGUUUAAUCAAUCAAAAAGGGCCCAGCUUUGACAUAUUAAGCAGCUAGGGUUUGUGUUUUGUUGAAAAAAAUCUCUUCUUUUGUUUUGGGUUUUGAUUUUUGUGGGGGAAGGAAUGGGAUCUGCAAGUGGGUUUUACUCAAACGAAGAGUUGGAAUUGGAUCCUAAAUGGCUUGUUGAUCCUCGUCAUCUCUUUGUUGGUCCUAAGAUCGGUGAAGGUGCUCAUGCCAAAGUUUAUGAGGGAAAGUAUAGAAACCAAACAGUGGCGAUUAAGAUUAUUAAAAGAGGUGAAUCCCCUGAAGAGAUUGCUAAAAGAGAUAACCGGUUUGCUAGAGAGAUUGCUAUGUUGUCUAAAGUCCAGCACAAGAAUUUAGUCAAGUUCAUUGGAGCGUGCAAAGAGCCCAUGAUGGUUAUAGUUACCGAGCUUCUACUUGGCGGUACAUUGCGUAAAUAUCUAGUGAGCUUGCGGCCAAAGCUUUUAGACAUUCGUUUGGCUGUAGGGUUUGCUCUUGACAUUGCUCGCGCAAUGGAAUGUUUACAUUCCCACGGAAUCAUUCACCGCGAUCUUAAACCAGAGAAUCUGAUCUUAUCAGCAGAUCAUAAGACAGUGAAACUCGCUGAUUUCGGUUUAGCUAGAGAAGAAUCAUUAACCGAGAUGAUGACCGCAGAGACUGGUACUUACCGAUGGAUGGCCCCUGAGCUUUACAGUACGGUUACGUUAAGGCAAGGAGAGAAGAAACACUAUAAUCAUAAAGUAGAUGCUUACAGCUUUGCCAUUGUCUUGUGGGAACUUAUUCAUAACAAGUUACCAUUUGAAGGCAUGUCCAAUCUACAAGCAGCCUAUGCUGCUGCAUUCAAGAACUUGAGGCCAAGUGCAGAGGAUUUACCAGGAGAUUUAGAGAUGAUUGUCACAUCAUGCUGGAAAGAAGAUCCUAACGAACGGCCAAAUUUCACUGAGAUAAUUCAAAUGCUCCUCCGUUACCUCACCACUGUUUCAGCGCCACAGAUCGUUCCUCCACCGAACCGACGAGUUUUCUCUUCAGAAAACAUAGUUUUAUCACCUGAAUCUCCCGGAACCUGCUCUCUGAUGUCUGUCAGAGACGGAGAUGCCUCUCGUCAAACCGUUAACACAGCUGAUUCAUCAGAGAAACAAACUAAAGGAAGCUUCUUCUUCUGCUGCUCAUAGAUGAUGAUGAUCAAUUUAUAUAUUGUAUUGGUUGUAAUCUGUAAAGAAAAGGAGAGGAGGAAAGUGUUUAUGAUGACAAAUUGACAAGUAUAAUGUAUUAAGCCUUAGAAUUUAGAUCACAGUAACAAGAAAAUUUAUUA